AUGGCAGAGAAGACGUGUAAACAAUGGUCAAUUACUGAUAAGUUAACCUCAUAUAACGACUUCUAUACAAAUUUCGGGAAUGAUGGAGGAGGGCGCCCUGGCGGCAUGGAUACCGAAGGUACACAAUUGAAGGGAGAAAUACAGACUACUUGUCCAAAUUGUACCGAAAUUAUUAAAGAUGUUAAGAAAAUCGAUCACGCCUACGACUACGCAUGUUUGCAAGGAAGGACAACAGGUUUUAAAAGUGAUAGCGCUUCCUGCCGCUUGUUUUAUUAUUGGUUUGGACACAACUACUGGUCUCACUUAAAAGGUACAAAGUUGUCAAGCCUCUUGGAAAAAAUUUACACUAAGCUGGAAGAAACUUCUUCCUGCAAUAGUGAAAAGAAGUGUGAUUUUAAAUACAACGAUCUUGAGGACCAAGCCAUUUUCAAAGACAUGAAAAUCAUAUUUGAAUAUUACAACGAUUAUAAGCAGGUACAGAGUGAACUGAGUAAGAGUGGUACCACGUGCGCGGAAAAAUGGUCAAACUAUUGGGAAACAAUUUCCUCAGCAUGUGAAAAAAUGAAUGAUAAGUGCAAAGAGGACGGGGGCGCUGAUAAGGAAAAACAAUAUUGUAACGACUUCAAUAAUACCUAUGCUGUACAUUGUGAUACAGCUAAUCUCCAUCAAGAGAUGGAAGUACUAAUAAAAAAGAUGCAGCGUGAAGCAGACGAAGCGCAAAUAACAGCCACUAAAGCAAAAGACGAAGCCGUUCGUUCUGCUUUUACAACGUCCUCCCUUUCUUCUAUCUUUGGUACACUCGGAAUGACAGUCGCUCCUUUCAUAUUGUAUAAGUAUAAACCAUGGUAUUCUUGGUUUGGUAACCAUUCUGGAAAUGGAGGAGGAAGAAGAAGCACAAGGAAGAAAGGAUCAACUGGACAGAACUUUGAUGUGUCCGCAGAAGAUACUUUUACUGAAUAUUCCACAGAUAAUUCAACAAUAGGUGAUUCAGCAGGCGAAAGUUCCACCGUACGUUCUUCUUCUGCAUACACUACGCCGUCCACAAGACCGUCUACCGGGGGAAGAGAAAGAAGAGCAAAUAAUACACGGGCAGGUCGUGGGAUGGUAGGUUAUCAAAACAUGUAA